AAAAAUUUUAUGAAUUCUCACACCAACGUCCAACUGCUAUCCAAUUGUCGUUGAGUCAGUGCUUAGCAGUGCUUAGUGCUUUACUCUCUUAUAGUGAAGUCAGUUGCGCGAGAACAGUUAGAGAGGUAACGUUAUCACAUCGUUCGUUGUAAAUAAGAAAGGAAUAAAAUAAUGGCGUCCACGAAGAGAAAGCAGGAUGAGAAACAUCUCAAAAUACUACGCGAGCUGGUCUCGCAACCUGGAAAUAAAGAGUGCUUUGAUUGUCGACAAAGAGGACCAACUUAUGUCAACAUGACGAUUGGCUCCUUCGUCUGUACUACAUGCUCUGGCAUGUUGAGAGGGUUAACACCACCACAUCGUGUUAAAUCUAUUUCUAUGGCUACAUUUACACCAGAAGAGAUUGAAUUUUUAAAACAACGUGGAAAUGAAUACUGUAAAAAAAUUUGGCUUGGACUGAUGAAUUCAAAUACUCCGUUAAAUAUUGAUACUAAAGAUGAACAAAAGAUGAAAGACUUAAUGUCAGCUAAAUAUGAACAUAAAAGAUAUUAUUUAGAUCCAUCAAUGGCUAAUGAUAGCAACGCUAAUAAUCAAAAGACUCAAUCAUUGUCAUCAAAGUCAACGUCUCCAUCUUCAACGUCAUUAACAUCAUCACCCAAUAACUCUAUUCGAUCAAAUCACACCAAUAUACCAAGAGUUCAACAAGUGGGAACUCUUCCUGCACUAAAUACUCCUACGUUAAAUCAAAAGAAGAAAAAUAUUACUGAGACUCCAGUAACUUUUCCAACAGAUUUUGUAGCUGAUUUUAGUCAAGUUCCAGAUCCAUUUGUUGCAGCAACUCCAACGUCACGUUUUCCAGGAACAAUCGAUCCUCAGCCUUCCUUUGCUAAUUUCGACAAUAACCCUGCAUUUCAUUCUAACAGUUCCGAUUUAUCGAAUUCAUUCAAUCAAAUAGAGAAACCGUCCGUAUCGUCUAAUUUGAAUGGUAUUAAUGCUCCACCACCAGAAGACCGAUAUGCUGCGUUAAAAGAUUUAGAUUCAUUGAUGAAAAAGACACAAUUGAAAGAAGACCCACCUACAAAUGUGUCAUCAACGUGGACUGCUAAUAACUCCAACUCUUCUAAUUCCGUUUGGAUGAGUAACGAUCAACUAAGCCAUGUUAUUUCGAAUCCAUUUUGUGGGAAUGAUUUAUGGAGACCAUCUUUACAUGUGAUCAAUAACAAUAAUAGUAAUAGUACUAGUAAUAAUAAUUAUAAUAAUAUUCAACCUCUCGAUAACUCUUUUUAUAAUUCUGCAAAUCCAUUUCGACAACAAAUUUCAGUCAAUAAUGAAUCUCAGUGGAAAACUUUUGGUACUCCAAGCAGUGCGGAUGUAAUUGCAUCUAGUCAACUGAUGACUCCACUCUCCGGAAAAGUCUGGCAUCCGACUGUACCACCUUAUCAGGCGAACCCUUUUAUGGUUGGUACUGGUGUAGGAAAUCCGGCGAGAAGCUCUAACAAUCCCUUUUUAUGAUUAGACAUUUUUCAUAUGUUAAAUGAGCUUACGAACAAAAAAUAUUAUAAUAAAUACGUAUAUGUAGCUUAAUAGAGAAAUUCCUUUACAUGA